AUGGCGGAUUUGGAGGCGACGUCGACCGAGUUGCUCAACGACGCCGAGACGGAGAUGAUGGUGCUCCUGUUCGGCUUGAAGCAAACGGAGGACCGCUUGAAGCUGCUGGAUCAGCGGAAAGGAUCCGAUUUAACCGGCGCUAUGCUUUCAGUGGUACGUGAUGUGCCCGUCAACAGCAUUGCGGACCCAUUUGUCAUCCUCGCGAACCCGGCCUCCAUCCUCCUCCCAAGUCCAUUCCAAACCCUUCUCUCCCCUGCUCCACCAUUCCAAAGUUUGGAGGGAAACCGCCGUCAAAACCCCACCAAAACCUUUCUCCCAUCAAAAUUUCUUCAAAAAAUGCGCCGCCGGAGCCUAAUCAUCGCCCCCGACUCCGACGAGGAAGACGACGCGGCAACUCCUGCUUCCGCCACCACCUCUCUUUCCGUUGCCAGCGGCGGCGGCGGCGGCGGGAGCGCCGGCCGGCCCUCGUCCCAAAACCCUAGCCCCUUCCCAUACGCAAUCCCGUCCUCGCCUCCCCCCUCCCCUCCCGUCGAGAUCUCCGAUGACGACGACGAGGCGGAGGAGAUCCAGGACCCCGACGAGGAGGAGGAGGUCGAGGAGAUCCAGGACCCCGACGAGGACUGUCCCUUCGACGACGCCCCCGACGAGAUUCGGGACUCCGACGGGGACUCCCUCUUCACCGAUGUCGCCGACGACCUCUCCCCACCAUUCCCCGCUCCGCCCCAAAUCCCAUGCCCACCUCCCGCUCCCGCUCCGGCACCGGCUCCUCUGUCCCGAACCCCAACACCAACUCCACCUCCAGCGCGAACCCCAAUCCCAGUUCCAUCGCCGGCCAACGCACCCACGCCACCUUCACGAACCCCAACCCCAACUCCACCGCAGGCUCCUCUGUUCCGAACCCCAACCCCAACUCCACCACCGGCUCCCACCCCAACCUCGACCCCGCCCACGGCCUCGCCGUCUGCGCUGAGCAUGCGGCUGCGUCCGGUGGACGCGUUCCUGCGGCGGCUCAGGGUGCGCGUGCGCCCAGAGUGGCUCGAAUUUUGUGCCGCGGAGCUGCCUGGGUUCAGCGACGGUGGCACGGAGGCGCAGGGCAGACGCUGCUUCGAGCAGUUCCUCUUUGCUGACAUGAAUGUGUGCGGCGCCGGUGUGCUCCCGCAGGGUGUUGGAGGCAUGGAUGCCGCCGUCCUCGACGGCCCAUUUGUGCUACAGGUUGAUGAAAUUGUCAACAUGUCAAAUCCUUUGAGGGAAAGAUAUCGUGAUGCACAGGCGGGGCCCAAAAGAUGUUUAAAGCUAUCAAUGACAGAUGGCAUUCAACGCAUAUAUGGAAUGGAGUACAGGCCUAUCAAAGACCUGCAAGUUCUUGCUCCUGUUGGUUUUAAGAUUGUUAUAAGAAAUGUGCACAUAAAGAGAGGGCUUCUUAUGCUAGUCCCUGAGGUUAUUGAGAUUCUUGGUGGGGUGGUUGAUGAAUUGGAAGCAGCACGUGUCAGACUUGUUUCUGAAGUAAAUAAACCACCCCGUGGCAAAAGGAAGCAAGGUGGAUUACCUUUGUCCUCCAGAGCCACUGUAGCUGCCUGGCCAGGUAAUGUAAGCGUUACAAAUGGUGGUGAGCAAGGUAUCUCAAUACCAAGAGCAGUAAACUCCUCUCAUCCAAUUGGAUUAGGUAAUGCCUCUCAAGUUGUUAGAACUACAGAAACCAUGGUAGAAGAGCGUAUUAACCCUCCUGUCGUAGUAAAUGGUGUCCAACAGCAAAGUCAGCAUUCCCGAGAAUUCGCCAUGCAAGAUCGAUCUGCUUCUCAAGUUGUUAGAACUACACAAACCAUGGUAGAAGAGCGUAUUAACCCUCCUGUUGUAGUAAAUGGUGUCCAACAACAAAGUCAACAUUCCCAAGAAUUCACCAUGCAAGAUCGAUCUGCUUCUCAUACUAGGAACAAUGCAGAAGCUUCUGCACUUGCUACCUAUAGAUAUGAACCCCAACAAAGCACUAGCAGAACUACACGGACGGUUGAAGAAUAUGUUGACCACCCUAUUGUGGCGAACAAUGUCCAUCAACAAACACAGCGUGUCCAGGAAAUCACUAUGCAGGACCAAGCUACUAGGAACCAAGGAGAACCUUCUGCAUCUACUACUUGUGGACAUGAUACCCAGCAAGGGCCACGAGACAUUGGUGGAACUAGUGCUAAUGGUGUCGAGAUUGCACAGUCUUCAACUGUUGAAGAUAAGAUUAAUCAGAUUGAACAUCCUGUCCUUCUAAGUGGUGAAAAUGAAAAACCAUUUACAUACCUUUUCCACAUGAUGUCAGAUUGGACCAUAGAAAAGGAUACACGACCCUAUAUUCAAGGAAAAAUUAAGGGUCUGAUCACCGCAGUCAAGCGAUUUCAAUAUAAGCAACGGAAAGAGUAUGAGCUUCAAAUUUGGAUAGAUGAUGGAAGUCACAUUUCAGAGGCCUUUCUUCACAGUGAUGUUAUACAGAAUAUAAUUGGUCACUCGUGUGAGGAGAUGAAUGCUGCUGUUUCUGACCCAAACCCAGCAUCAGCCCUUGCCAUGAAAGAAAUUAUGAAUGGAUUCAAGCACUAUUUGACAAAAUUUGAGGGUACAAUGCUUAUUGAGUUCAACAGAAAAUCUUCUGCACCUAUUGUGCGUGAGAUGAAUGAAGGUUGUUCGGCUUCCGAUGCAUGGCUCCUACUUCAGAGGAUGAAAACAUAUUCUGCUCAAAGGCACAUCCGAAGUUUGGACUUUAUGGAUACCACUCCAUGAUGCAUGGCCAAUGCAAAGCUGCAUCAUCGUGGUUUUGAUAUUCACAGACCAAGUACAUAUGUGAAAGUAUUCAGCUCAAGGCUUAAGAAGCAUUCAGUUCCUCCUUUGUAGGUAUCUUACAUCUCUGUUUCUUCUAUGUAUAAGCUACUGUGUUCCUUAUCCCAGCUUCACAUCAGUUGCUAUCUUUUUUCAUCCUUUUCUCAUCGGGGAGCUGGAACUAAGUAGGAAGUAAAAACUGUUCUUGCAAGGAUAAUAGAAACUGUCCAAUUAUUGAGGAUGACUGCUGAUGUUUCUAGU